CUCAGUAGUUUUUAACUUUAUUGGAGCCUCUCUUGCUAUUGGCAGGAACACAUUGCUGCCCAGAACAGAAUGUGCUUGUCGACGGUUAAGGACGAUCUUCGUCUUCGUCUUGGGACGCUUAACUUCUCUUUUCCACAACAGCAAUCUAAAUGACUUCAAUACAUUUUGGAGCAAACUUGAAGUUAAAAUCUGCAAAUUAUUGUAUAAUUAUUUAUGUGCAAGGUUAGUGAAUGAGAGGGUAACAACUUUGUUUUCACGAUGUAUAAGUAAAUGCUAAGUAUUUCAUUUAUCUCUGAGCGAAUUUAAGAAUCACAGGACAAAGUUAUGUUUCCACUGGGCAACACGACAGGAAAAGUGGAAAAGAAAACUGUGUUGUUUCUAAACAAAAUUAUUCAUAUUGUCAUUAAUUUUAAAAAUUGUAAUAUAUUUACAAAAGUGACAUUGCUGCAACUAAUACUUCACAGUUUUAUGUUAUGUCUGUUUUUCUUAAAUUAUUAAUCAAUAAUGGACUGUAAAAUAAUUAUUUAUCAUCCAGUUUAAGUGCUUUUUCACAGCAUAGCUGGACAUAAAGGCUCAUUCUGCUGGUAUCCUGGUAGCACCUUUUGAUUUCUUACUAUAUUCUGGGUAAUUUUGUAAUGAAAGUAAUUAGAGUGUGAUUAAGUUCUAGGUACCCCUAAACGUAGAUAUGUUACCCCUUUGUUUCCUGUACCUGUGCAGUUGUUCCUUCAUACUUCAUAUGCACAAAAUAUUUACGCUGUAACCUGUGGACAGGCCUGUAAAUGUUUUGUAUUAGACUGACAGAGCUCGAGACCAGUUUCACAGCUGUUUGUGUAUAUGUGCGUGUGUUGUGCUGUGACGUAAGAAGCCGAUAACAUGAGCUCACUGAGACCCAUAAGUUGUCACCCCUACCUAAUUUUAGAUUUGUGUCUCUAGUUCUGCAGUCAACAGUGACAACACAUGACCUUAAGCCUGUGUGGUCUCACAAAGCAUUGGUCACGCUUGCCCCCCCUCCUCCAGUCAAGCUCAGCCAAUGAGAUUAAAGCACUGCACAAGAGAAGAGUUGCAUUAAGGAUCAAAACAUAAGGAACAGUGCUUCUUACAAUUUUACAAAAGUUGUGGGUUUAGUACUGAACAGGAAAUUGGUUGAAGAGGAGCUGUGAAGACAGAAGAACUCGGUGUUUAAGAUUUCCUUUUGCAAAUGCUCCUGCAGUCUAAAUCAAUGAAAGCUCAAGACUGACAUUUGAACCUUGAUUUGUUGCUGCUCACAACAUCAGGUCGAACAUGGGUCGCUACCUCAGCACUAACUUGUGUUCAAAUUCUUUGAACAAGACUCUGAGGUCGUACUGUAAAAUUAGGUACCUAAUGAGCCUUCUCAGAAAGUACCCUCAUCUGGCUAAAGCACCACUUGGCCUGGACCUCCACAGAAACACACUGCUGUCACCACCUCAUCUUUCCAGAUUUACCAGAAAAUCUACUUUUAAAAUUUUAAACUACUGUGAUACAAGUUCUACCUCUUAUCACUUAAUCAGAAAUUCUAUAAAAGGAGGGAAACAUCUCCAGGUUGUGCGUUUUUACUCAUCUUCCAACAGGAAUACAUUCAAAACUGAAGCUCCCAUUGGGAUUUUCAAAGAGGCUCAGUACAGUUUUAACUUGAACUCACUGGGAGGACGUUUUGGUCAGUCAUUUAACCGAUUGUCAAAACACAUUAAUGUUUAUUUCAAGAGAAAGGACAUUGUACCUCUCGUUGAAAGUGCCUGUCGUGUUGUCACAACUCCAGACUAUCUUGGCAGGUCACAGAGGCGUAGUCAAAGUCAUCAGGCAACCACAGAGAGACAAAUAUCUGAGGGCCAGAAUGCAACACAGUCCUUCAAGUGCAAAGACAAACAGGAGAACUCAGGAAUAAGUCUGUCAACACAGGGAAGUUCUGGGCUGCAACUAUUUCACAUCAGCUCUUUGGCAACAACAUUUGGUGAGAGCUACAGUUAUGUUGCUAAUCACAUUAACUCAGUCUUUUCUCGCGGCUUUGCAAAAGGUUCAAUGCAGGACAAUCUGGAAAUGAUGUCUUCCACUAGAGCGGCACACAGGAGGCAGAAAAGGAGAAAAAUGAAAAACACUGGCAUCAUGAACUCCAAAGAAACUGAAAGGUCUCAUGUAAAAUCUGGUGGUGAUCAGACAGGAAUGGAAUCUAACAAUAUCUCCAACAGAUGGGAGGAGGGCUACCUUCACUUUGCAAGACACAUCAACAAAUACUUCGGUGCCAAAGUAACCGAUGAAGCUUCCCAGGAUCAGCCCAAGAGAGAACAACUUGUGAAAACUGUGGAAAAGUCUUCUGAAAACCACUUCCCAAAACAAUCUACCUCACAAACUCAAGGUGCCACGCUGCAGCCAAAACAAGAAAUUAAAGGCCUUUUCCACAGCAGCAGUAAUGCCACCAGCUUUGGGGAGAACUAUUUCCAAAUGGCUGGUCACAUCAAUCAGUAUUUCAAAGGACAAAGUGAAUUGGAUGAAGACACUGAUAGAAAUCUCCUUGUAGCGAUGAACUCUGAUUCUGCCCCCUCUGAGAAGACUGUAUCCUUUAUGGACUGCCUUCGCCAUCCCACAAGUGCCAUCCCUGACUUGCUUGGUGCUUAUCUGAAGGUGGGCCCCUUGACCCAGACUAGUAAGCCCAAACAUGCCAAAGCAUCACCAGAGGCAGUAUUGAAUAGGAAGGUUGUCUUGAGUCAGAGGCAGGCAGAGGAAGUGACUCGAGGGUUGAAGGGCAGUCUGGUACAGGCUUCAUCUCCAGAAGCCCUGACUGCCUGUGUGGAGGCUCUCAAUGAACACCUUAUCCGUUACCCAUCAUGCAAAGCUCUAAUGUGGCAGGAGAAAACUGCAGUCACAUUGUUGAGAAAGCGUCGAAUCUACAGAGAUAACCAGGUGCUUCAGAGCACCUUAAGAGAAACACUGGCUCUGAUUGGCUACAUGGAUCCAGUCAAAGGUCGUGGAAUCAGAGUGCUCUCAAUUGAUGGUGGUGGCACAAGAGGUGUGGUCCCUUUGCAAAUGUUAAAGCUACUGGAAGCUGAAACAGGCAAGAAGAUCCACCAGCUGUUUGACUACAUCUGUGGUGUGAGCACAGGUGCUGUUCUGGCCUUCAUGCUGGGUCUGGCCCAUUUUUCUCUUGAGGAGUGUGCUGACAUGUAUCGCCGUUUUGGCUCUGAGGUUUUUCGACAGAACCCUCUGGUUGGCACAGUGAAGAUGGGCUGGAGUCACUCUUACUAUGACACUGAGACCUGGGAGGCGAUAUUACAGGAAAAGCUGGGGCAUAAAGUGCUUAUUAAAACAGCCAGGGAUGAGUUUAGUCCCAAGGUUUCAGCAGUCAGCGCUGUGGUAAACUGGGGCACCAGUCCAAAGGCCUUCGUCUUCCGCAACUACAACCACAAACCAGGCUCUCUCAGCCGCUAUGCAGGAGCCUCAGGCUGCCAGAUGUGGCAGGCAGUGAGAGCAUCAUCAGCUGCUCCAGGAUACUUUCAGGAGUUCCCCUUACAAAGUGACAUUCACCAGGACGGAGGAAUAAUCCUGAACAAUCCCUGCGCCUUGGCUGUUCACGAGAGUCGUCUAUUGUGGCCCAACCAGCCCUUCCAGUGUGUGUUGUCUCUUGGCACUGGUCGCUAUGACAACGCUAAGAGGGCACCUGUCACCUCCACCAGCCUCAGGGCCAAAAUCAGCAACCUGAUCAGCAGUGCUACCGACACUGAAGGGGUUCACACCCUCUUGGACGAGCUACUUCCUCCGGACGUGUACUUCCGCUUCAACCCCAUGUUAAGUGCUGUGGUGUCCCUGGACGAGAGCCGCCCACAGGCCCUGGACCAGCUGCAGAGAGACACCCAGAACUACCUGGAGAGAAACCGUCCCAAACUGGCCAGGCUCUGUUUGGUGCUGGGAGCAGAGCGUUCAGCUGUUAGCAGGACUAAGGACUGGAUGAGUGAGAGGGCCUGGGAGAUGAAGCAAAGAUGGGUGUGAGUAGGUUCAGUAUGAGGCAUGUCUACUCACAGAUGCAGGUUGUGGACAAAAUAAGAUAAAGACCUCUAAAGUACGACAACCCUGUCGUAAAAUGCAUAAUUCAUUUGUCUGUUCAUUAGUCUACGACUUUUGUCCAGCCUAAUUCGACUUUUCAUUUAGGGCUGAGCCUUUUGUUUUUAAAUUUUGAGUGACAUGGUGAUGUGGUGAUGCUACUUAGAUGAUUAACGACACUCAUCAGUGUCAGGGACGGUCGAAGGAUCACCGUUUCUAUAAGGUCUUUUUCAGGUCAAUAUUAGACAACUUCCCAAGCGAAAAAGACGCUUCAUCGGAUUUGUCAAGGCUGCUGUAACAUAAGAUGUGUCUGCUGUUUUGUCCACUUCCUGUUUUACAUAUACUGCAUGCUGAUCAGUAAUUGCCAACAUGCCUCACUUUUACUUAAAUCAUUUUGUUAGUUGAUUUUGUUGACAUACACUUGCAGGACAAAUACGCACAGUCAUGAUUUGUGUAAUGCAUGUGACCUAAUUUACUAUAUGAUUAUUGCUUUGAAAAAUGUUGAUGGUAAUAUAAGCUAUUUAUCAUACAUUCAUGUGACACUACAGAUGAUGUAUAUUAUUACUGAAUAUUUGUUUUGAAUACAUUUUUAUUCAAAAUAUAUUGCAAACUUUUCCCCUGAGCACAUAAACAAUAUUGUAUUUUCUCCUGAAAACCAUCCCACCACCUUUUGUAACACCCAAUAAAUAAAUCAUCCUGGUCUCGACAAA